AUGACACUUUUACAAACAUUGCUCCGCGCCACAGCGUUCAAAAACCCCCUGCUAAGGACGCUGGUUCCCUCGCUCGCACUUGCAUAUGGCAUCCAAACUGCUGUCGCGGUACCGUCAAUCGCCGCGCAGACAGAGAAGUACUAUGACUUGAGCGGUAGCCUUACCUACUUGAGCUGCGUGGGCGCAUCUCUCGUCUUGCCGUACUUGCGCGCCCAGCAAGCCGGCGCUGCAGCAGGAGGACUCGCAGAAUAUCUGAGCUCCAAGGGUCUCGGACAGGGGACCUGGUGGUGGAGGCAAGCGCUCUUGAGUGCUGCGGUAGGGAUCUGGGCUACGAGAUUGGGGACUUACCUCUUCUCCCGCAUCUCCUCGGACGACGGAAAGGACAGCCGCUUCGACAGCAUCCGUACUUCCCCCUCCAAGUUCUACGUCGCCUUCUUUGCUCAAGCAACAUGGGUCUCCCUCUGCACGCUGCCCGUGGUCCUGGUCAACAGCCUGCCGCGCACCGCCUUCGCAGCGAGUGGACUCGGCUCUGCCAUCUCCGCCCGGCCGUACCUGACCGACAUGCUGGGACUCGCCCUCUUCGUCUUCGGCCUGACGUUGGAAGCGAUUGCCGACGGGCAGAAGAGCAGAUGGGUCGAAGCGAAGAAGGCCAAGAAGCACUCGGAGCCAUUCCUGACACACGGCCUGUGGAGCAAGAGCAGACACCCAAACUACUUUGGCGAAUCCACGCUCUGGACUGGCAUUGCCAUUGCUGCCGCUGGGCUGCUGGUGCGACAGCCGGCGCAGAGCGCGCUGGGGCUGAGUGGCCUCGGCACGACGGGGCAGGUGUUGGUGACGGGGCUCUGUGCGGCCAGCCCGGCGUUUGUUACCUUCCUGCUGCUGAAGAUCAGCGGUGUUCCGCUGAGCGAGAACAAGUACGACGAGCGGUACGGAGACAGGAAGGACUAUCAGAAGUGGAAGAGGGAGACGCCCAUGUUCGUGCCGAAGCUCUGA